CUUUGACCACUUGUUUUUCCAUUUGCUGUAUGAACUCUCAUCUUUGGGCAUUUGUUUUUGCAUUUGGCUGCUGCUUUGACAGACGCAGAAAAACUGCAACUAUAUCAAUACCAGUCAUCUAUUCCAGUUAAAAUGUACAGGAAAGAGAUGCAGAGUGACCUGCAAUUCAAGGCCAGAUUCCACUGCCUACCGCCUUUGCUGAAGCCAAAACAAACUAGGAGGAAAGAUCAUAAAACCUAGGGAUUGUUGAGGAAUUGCUCUUCAAGAAGGAAAAGGUGGACACAGUAAUGGCUUUCGGUCUACGGCCUAUGUUGUUAUUAUUGUUGCUCUUGGUUUUCUUUCAACUAAGCAAUGCCUUGAACUCUGAUGGAGAGGCUCUGUUGGCCCUGUCCAAUAGUUUGAUACUUCCUCGGUCAGUGAACUCCACCUGGAACUCAUCAGACCCAAGUCCCUGUGGAUGGGUAGGAAUCGAUUGCGACAGAGGUGGAUUCGUGACUUCAUUUCAGCUUCCUGAACGUCAAAUUUCUGGUUGGCUGGGCAAAGAAAUUGGGUUGCUAAGUCAUCUGAGGAUACUAGAUCUUGGUGUCAACAAUCUUUCUAGACUUAUACCCUCAGAACUAGGCAAUUGUACCCUUCUUGAAUACUUGGAUCUCUCAAACAAUUACCUUUUAGGUGAGAUACCAGUAACCCUUCAAAACCUCAAGAAGUUGUCAUACCUUUCACUUUCCACUAAUUUACUAAGUGGCAAUAUACCAAGUCUUUUGUUCCAUGGUCCGUCCCUUGAAACUAUCGACCUUUAUGAAAACAAUUUCACUGGCUCAAUUCCUUCCUUGUAUGGGAAUGCAUGCAAGUUGGAGCACUUAGAUUUGUCCUACAACCAAUUUGAUGGUGAUCUUCCAGUGACAUUGGGUAAUUGCACUAAUUUGAAGUUCUUUUCUGCUUUUGACAAUCAUUUAUCGGGGAGAAUACCAUUAACACUUGGCUUGUUGACAAAGCUCGAGAUUCUUUACCUAUCUAUUAAUUCUUUAUCAGGGUCAAUUCCCUCUGAGAUAGGCCAAUGUCAGUCCUUAACUUCAUUAGACUUGUCUGAGAAUCAACUAGAAGGAAUUGUUCCAAGAGAAUUGGGUAAUUUGAGAAAUCUAGAAAGACUUUCACUUUUUAGAAAUAAUUUGACUGGAGAGUUUCCAAUUGAAAUUUGGAGAAUCCCAAAUUUGACAAUUAUAUAUAUCUCCAACAACAACUUCUCUGGACAACUGCCUAUGGAGAUGUGUGAGUUAAAAAGUUUGACUAACAUUACCAUUGAUGAUAAUCAAUUUACAGGGAUCAUUCCUCAAUGCUUGGGAAUCAACAACAGUCUGGUGCAAGUGAUGUUUACAAAUAAUAGGCUUGUUGGCAGCAUCCCUCCUGAUAUAUGUUUUAGAAAUCAAUUGGUGCUUUUGUUAUUGGGCAAUAAUAUGCUUAAUGGGACAAUACCACCAGGAGUUGGGAAUUGCUUGAGUUUACAAAGGUUGAUUCUUUUUCGGAACAAUCUCAGUGGUUCAAUUCCAGAAUUUCUUGCGACGUCAAAUUUGUCAUAUAUUAAUUUAAGUUUCAACAAACUCAAUGGACAAAUUACUCAAACUAUAGGGAACAUUGUGAAUCUCACCAAUAUAAACUUGUCAGUGAAUAAGCUUGAUGGACCAAUACCUCGACAAAUAGGAAACCUAGCCAACCUUCAGCGUUUGAAUCUAUCUAACAACAAUUUGUACGGUCCAUUGCCUUUUGAAUUAUCAAAAUGUCAUAUGUUAUUAACGUUGGACUUGGGAUUCAACUCUUUCAAUGGAACAAUACCGUCAAGUCUUGGAAACUUAUCUAGUCUCUCUCGGUUGAUACUGCAAGAGAAUCAAUUCAGUGGAGGAAUUCCAGAUUUCCUAUCUAAGUUGAAUCAACUGUUUGAGCUGCAGUUUGGAGGAAACAAGUUGGGAGGGAGCAUCCCGUCAUCAUUGGGUUCAUUGCAAAACUUGAAUGCAGUUUUAAACCUCAGUGAUAAUGGACUAGUAGGACAACUUCCACUUGAGUUGAAGAAUCUGAAUAUGCUACAAAGCUUUGAUAUUUCUUUUAACAAUCUAACAGGGAGUUUGAUGCCCAUAAGUGAUUUCAGUUUAUUGACACACAUCAAUGUUUCAUACAAUGACUUUAGUGGUUCAUUGUCAAGAGGUUUGUUUAAGUUUGCAGAAUCAUCACCAAGCUCAUUUACAGGAAAUCCUCAACUCUGCAUCUCAUGUCAGAUGGGAGAUUCUUUAUGCACAAACAUCACCAUAUUAGAACAAUGCAGCAUGCCUAACAAUAAUUCCAAAAGUUUAUCUAAGAUCGAGAUGGUAAUCAUAGUUCUUGCUGCUGGUUUGCUCUGUGCUCUAGUCCUUUUCCUUGCUAGAUUUUUCUUUCUCAAGUGUAAAAGAAAGAAAGAUGAUGUUCCAUCCUUGUUUGAAGAUUCUUCUUUCCUACUAAAGAAAGUAAUUGAAGCCACUGAGGAUUUCAAUCAGCAAUAUGAAAUUGGUAGAGGAGCUCAUGGGAUAGUUUACAAGGCAACACUCGACACAGGGAAAAUAUAUGCUGUAAAGAAGAUUGCUUUUCAAGAUCAGAAACAAUCAAAUCCAAGUAUGAUCAGAGAAAUCGAAACUCUUGGGAAAAUCAGGCAUAGAAAUUUAAUGAAAUUGGAGAAAUUUUGGUUCGAAUGUGAAUAUGGACUUUUAUUAUAUGAGUAUAUGGCAAAUGACAGCCUCCAUGAUGUUCUUCAUGAGAACAAGCCGGCACUAGUCCUGGAGUGGAAGGUGAGGUACAAGAUAGCUGUUGGCAUUGCCCAAGGGCUAGAUUAUCUUCACAAUGACUGCAUCCCUGCUAUCAUACACCGUGACAUAAAGCCUAAAAACAUAUUGCUGGAUGCUGAUAUGGAACCACAUAUCUCGGAUUUUGGGAUUGCUAAGCUUGAUCUAGAUCAACAUUCUACUCAGUCAGCUAUUAUUAUUGGCACCCUUGGUUAUAUUGCACCAGAGACUGCCUUCACAACCAGAAAGAACAAGGAGUCGGAUGUGUACAGUUAUGGAGUCGUCUUACUCGAACUCAUAACUAGAAAGAUGGCCACCGACCCUUCCUUCUCGGAAAAUAUGUGCAUAGUAGGAUGGGUGACUUCCACCUUGGAUGGCAGUGGUAAAAUAGAAACUGUCAUUGAUGAAGACCUCGCGAAUGAAGUCAGAGGUACUUCAGAGAUCGAAGAAGUGAAGAAGGUUCUUUCAUUGGCCAUGAGAUGUGUAGCAAGGAAGGUAAGCAUGCGGCCUUCAAUGAAGAAUGUGGUCAGGGAGCUGCAUGAUAUCAUGGAACCCACCACUAGUAUGUAAAAUCUUAUUUAUUUUUCUUUCUUUUUGAAAAAAAUGUAAAUAAGAAUGAUUUGUCAAGGAAGGGAUUUGUAUCACAGUUAGCAAUAAGUUCUGACAUCUUUGCAUCCAUUAACAGGAGAUUCAUAAAACAAAGUCAAAAUUUUCUUAUGUAUAGAGAAACCUGAAGGAACAGAACAAGGUUUGAAAAUACAAAUCUUAUCUCUGCCAGUUUUCAUUCAAAGGUGGGCAAAUUCGAAAGAUCAAAGUCUGUGUUUGUCCCGUUGCACAACUUUGGCGUGCUCCGUUGUCGAUUCCAAACUCGCAGGGACCCGGCGAACUCUGACCACAGAAAGGAAUAUGGCAGGAACCCACCGCCUUCGGAGACUGCGGGCGCCCAACGACCUUUUACUUCCAAUUUCCAGGGUCAAACUCGUGUGCAUAUGCAU